AUGUUACCACAAUUUCGCCGGUAUUUUAUUCCAGCUUAUUCACAUCUAUCAUCUACUAUCACAUUACGUGAAAAACUUCCGUCGGCUAUCCUUCGCCAUUUCAGUUCUGUAUUAGAUUUCCGCAUUAAUGAAUUUACUGAGAAAUAUUUAAGUCAUCGGAAGGCUGAAUUUACUGAAAAAUUAGAAAUUUUUUCACCCAAUCAACAACCAACAAUUCCAAUAUACCGUGUAACCAAUUCCGAAGGACAAAUUAUUGAUCCAAAUUAUGAUCUCGAUUUGACUCAAGAAUUGGCAGUAAAAAUAUAUAAAAAUAUGGUAACACUUCAACAGAUGGAUAAAAUUUUAUAUGAUUCACAACGUCAAGGGCGCAUUUCAUUUUAUCUGACGAGUACCGGUGAAGAGGCUACUCAGAUCGGUUCAGCGGCAGGUCUUCAUGAUGAUGACCUGAUGUAUGGCCAGUAUCGGGAAGCUGGCGCAUUGCUUUAUCGAGGCUUUCUUUUAGAAAAUUUUAUGCAUCAAUGUUAUGGAAAUGCUAAAGAUAUCGGUGGUGGAAAACAAAUGCCAAUACAUUAUGGCUCAACGGAACAUCAUUAUGUGACAAUAUCAUCUCCACUGGCUACACAAUUACCGCAAGCUGUUGGUUCUGCUUAUGCAUUUAAAAGGGAGAAAAAUGGGCGAGUAGUAGUGGUAUAUUUUGGUGAAGGUGCAGCAUCAGAAGGUGAUACACACGGAGCAAUGAAUAUCGCUUCUACAAUGAAAUGUCCAGUAAUAUUUUUCUGUCGUAAUAACGGUUAUGCAAUUAGUACACCAGCAACGGAACAGUAUGGCGGUGAUGGUAUUUGUAGUAGGGCUAACGGAUACGGCAUUCAUGCAAUACGAGUUGAUGGUAAUGAUUUGAUUGCUGUAUAUAAUGCGACUAAAGCAGCUAGAGAGAUAGCAAAGCAAAAUGAGCCUAUUCUUAUUGAAGCUAUGACUUAUCGCAUAAGUCAUCAUUCAACCUCCGAUGAUUCAACCACUUAUCGUCCCGAUGAAGAGGUUAACAUAUGGAAUCAGAAGGAUAAUCCAGUCACUCGAUUUCGAAUAUUCCUCCAAAAUAAGGGAUGGUGGAAUGAUCAGGAAGAUGUAGCAUAUCGGGAUGAAGUGCAGAAGGAAAUCAUGAAAGCAUUCUUGUAUGCCGAAAAAAUACCUAAACCGAAUAUUCCAAGCAUGUUUGAUGAUGUUUACAAGGAAAUGCCGAAAUUUUUACAAGAGCAACGUGAUGAGCUUGCAGAGCAUCUGAACAACUAUGGCAAGCACUAUCCAAUGAAGAAUUUCCAAGACAGUUAA